AAAAGGCAGAUUUCAAGAUUUCUUAGAGAGAGAAAUGAAAGAUUUGAUUUUGAUAUAGAGAGAUAUAGAGAGGGAGAGGAAACACCAAAAUGACAGACAGAUGGACAUAUUUCAUUUACAUCUUCAUUACAUUAACAUCGUAUAAAAGCAAAGGUCCCAAGAGUCGCACAUCCCUUGUUUCUUUGCCUCUGCUUUAAGCAACUAAACAAAGUAAAAAAAAAAACAAAACAAAAGAAAAAGAGAAGAAAAUACCGACUCUUCAAUUCCUAUGGCAAGAAACGGCAUCGCUUCCCGGAGAUGGAGGUCAGAGAAAAUAGAGGGAUUUGAAUUCUCGUCUUGUGAUAAUGAUGAAGUACAUGUUUUAGCAGUGGAUGAUAGCCUUGUCGAUCGUAAAGUCAUUGAACGUUUACUCAAAAUCACAUCUUGCAAAGUCACCGCAGUGGAUAGUGGAAGAAGAGCUCUCCAAUUCUUGGGAUUAGAUGAAGAGAAAAGCACUUCGAUUCAAGGCCUAAAAGUGGAUCUCAUUAUUACAGAUUACUGUAUGCCUGGAAUGACUGGUUACGAGUUACUCAAGAAAAUCAAAGAAUCAUCUACUUUCAGAGAAAUACCAGUUGUCAUUAUGUCAUCAGAGAAUGUCAUGGCGCGAAUUGACCGAUGUUUGGAAGAAGGGGCAGAGGACUUCCUAGUGAAACCGGUGAAACUAUCUGAUGUUAAACGGAUAAGAGAUUACAUGACUGCAAGAGAGCUCAAAUUGAAAAGUCAACAAACAAGCCACAACUUCAACAACAGUACUGGUAACAAUGUAAACAAGAGGAAAUCAAGAGAUAGUUUUGAUCUCUCUUCAUCUCCGCCGUCCAUCUCAUUUUCAUCGUCCUCAUUAUCUCCCUCACCGUCAUCUUUAUCUUCUCCAUCCUCUCCUUCGCCUUGUGGAUCGCCGUCAUGGUCCCCGUCGCCGAUGUUGUCAUUUUCAGCGCCGUGUUCUCCUACUUCCUUAGAUUCCCCUACUAGACGGCUAAAAAUGAGCAGCGGUAACAGUUCCGUUUAGAUCUUUUUAUUAUCUCUCUUUACAUUACAAAUUAGAAAGAAGAAGAAAAGAACUAUGAGCAAUUCUCCGUUAGUUUUAACGGUUUUUUGUUGCUUCUCUUUCUUUCUUUCUUUCUUUUUAAUCCCGUUGUUGGGAACCUUUUUCUCCUGUGUAUUUUUUUAUAAGUACAAUAUUUAUUUUUAAUACUUGAUUAGUUAACUAAUCAAAGACUCAAAUCAAAAUGUUGAAGAUCUGUGAAUCGGAAAUUGUGCUGAAAAAAGAAUUGAUUUUGUAGGUAA